AUGGACCCGUCAACCCCACGUGAGCCUCCCGACAGGCUGCACAGCGCCCCAGCCGGUCCCCAGCAGCAGCGUCGCCCAUCCCCUAUUCUCCACAUGCCCAGCACAGAGUCCAUCUCUACGCCCCACAGCGCCGACGACGCACAGCGACCUGCGUCUGCACCUCCACUUCAUGCCAACUUUCCAUACCUGCCCCCGCCGCCCGGUAUACAGAUUGAUCCACCACCCCCAGUCGCGCGUACUCCCCGACGCGUUCAGUGGACAGCAGAUCACGUUAUCAAUGUCGAGCCGCCAGCAAACGAGCCCGGCCCAGACUUGGACCAUGUCAACAAUGAGCUUGAAAGGUUUAGAACAGAAGCCGAGGUCCCAUCGGCGGUGACGUUGCCCUCGGACGACUACGACUACCGGCUGGAUACGGACGAGAAACGCGACCAUGACGCCCAAGCAGAGGCACUCCUUAACGAGGACAGGGACGGAGGCCGCAAGGAGCAGGAGGACGAUACCCUCCACAAGAUCCUUGGGAGCCCGGCUGCCGACCAUGUGGCCGGUUACGUGCAACUUGGAGAGACUGAUGGCCUGCCGUCACGCGGUGAUGAAAAGGCCCAGGACCUAAGGGAAGCGUCGAACAUUGUCAAGUGGACCCAACUGAGAAGGCGUGCUACUGUUCGCCGCAAGCACAGGCAUGAAUCGACAACCGGUCCGCUGCAUCAUCCUGAGAAUGGUGAGGACACUGUUGCGCAACUUGCGGCUGAGAAGGAGAUACCACCUCCUCCUCCCCCAAGGGCAAAUCCUCCUCUCAACCCGCCACCUGGCACUGGUCUACCGCACAUGCCUGGGGGCACCUCGGUGCUGGCGACGCUGCUGGCAGUGUAUGGGCAGCAAAACCAAGCAGACUCGGCGACAACAUCUGCCGCAACGACACCUCAAUCAUCUCGUCCACCAUCGAUCGCAUCUUCGGAUGAUGAUGACCACCAUCACCGGCGACACUUUUGGCAGCGAGGCAGGUCCAAGACCCCCCCUGUUCCACACAACUCUGGUGCGCAGUCUGGUUCGCCCGGGUUUGAACACAAGCAUCGCAGCAGGUCACAAGGAUCCAUUGCCGAUCGUACUCCAGAGGAGCGGCCAGGCAUCUUUGGUUCGGUCGCACGCGCUGUCGAGAACAUGUACGACGACCGUCCCAAGUCGGCCCGCUCAAGUGCGGGCGUGUUUGGUGCGUUGAUUCAAAACUCUGCUGCCAUGGCAGCCGCCGCCGCACCGACAUCUGCUACCAUCAUGCCAGCUGCCAAGCGGCCAGGAUAUCACAUUGACCGCUACGAACUGCCAAGCGAGCCAACAUCACCUCGAGAACGGAUAGGCCCACUGAGCAGACCCAGUUCUGUGGUUGGGCUUGUCUCACACCGCGGGAGGUCGACCAGCCCAAAACGAGGACGCACCCCUAGUCCAUUAGGGUAUGGUAAACGUACCGAGAGCCCGUCAGCCAUGGACCGACGACCGGCCAGCACGACAAGACUGGGCUCGUUCCAGGGCGAAGCCGAUUCGACACCGCCCAGCCUGUAUUCUGCACAGACAAAUGACCACACCAGGUCGAGCGACAACUUGCUCAUGAUUAAGCCCAAGAAAAGGCCUGCCCCGCUGCCCCAACUGUCCCUGAAGGCUGUCAGGAGCGCAGAGCAUUGGCUCACGUCGCGCAGUGAGAGCACCAUGCACCUCAACGACGAUGAACGACGGCGCAAGGACGAGGAGGACCGCAAACGCAAAGAGUGGGAGGCUGAGAAGCGCCGGAGGAAGAAGGCCAAGGAGGCUCGUAAGAAGCAAGAGGUGUUCAUCAUCCAGCAUGUGGCGGCGAUCCUGGCCCGACAGCAGUUUAUCAUGAAGCUCGCACGCGCCCUCAUGAUGUUUGGCUCGCCGUCGCACAGGCUGGAGACGCAGAUCCAGGCGACUGCCAGGGUCCUCGACAUUUCCGCCCAAGUGGUCUACCUUCCCAGCGUCAUGCUCAUUUCCUUUGCCGACGACGCGACCCACACCUCCGACACCAAGUUCCUCAAGCAAUCUACCGGUCUCGACCUCGGCAAGCUGCUCUUGACACACAACCUGUAUUGGGAGGUCGUGCACGACAGAAUGUCCGUCGACGAUGCGAACACACAACUGGACACCCUCAUGACCAUGCCGCCAUGCUACAACUGGUGGCAAAACAUCAUCGUUGCAGGCUUUUGCUCGGCCAUCAUCGUCAUCCCAUCGUACUAUGGCUCUUUCAUCGACGCGCUCAUGAGCGCAGCCCUGGGCAUGCUCCUCAUGGUGGUGCAAACGUUCGCCGCAAAGAAUGACCUGUUCUCGGGUGUUUUCGAGGUUGCCAUCUCGACUCUCAUCUCAGUCCUCGCCGCAGCGUUGGCGUCCACCCACCGUUUCUGCUACACUUCCCUGGUUUCAGGCGGAAUCGUCCUCGUCCUACCCGGAUAUAUCGUCCUGACCGGUGCUCUCGAAAUUUCAUCGCGGAACAUCACUGCCGGUGCAGUUCGCAUGGGAUACAGUGUCAUUUACUCGCUGCUACUCGGUUUCGGAAUUAGUAUGGGUGCGGAGGUAUACAUCAAGAUCCGUGGCGAGGAGGUUGCCAACGCUACCGACAAUACUUGUUCGCGAACACACUACGACGGCGCGCCGUGGUUUCAACAGACACCGAGCGGGUACUGGUACUACCUCUGCGUGCCAGCGUUUGCGUUUGUGCUCUCCAUGAACUGCCAGCAGCCAAUCCUCACCAAGGAGAUGCCUGUCAUGGUUGCCAUUGCCUGCGCGGGUUGGGUUGUCAACCACUUUUCGGGCCAGUACGCGUUCACCGGCCGAUCCGACAUUGUAUCGGCCAUUGGCGCAUUCUGCGUGGGGAUCCUCGGCAACCUUUACGGCCGGUUCUUCUCCAACGGCGCCAGCUUCCCCGUCAUGGUCACUGGGAUCCUCAUGCAGCUUCCCAGCGGUCUCAAGGAAGGUGGCCUCUUCAACUUUGCCGCCAACACGGAUAACGGCACGUUUGCGCAAUAUUCGACAGGCUUUAGCGUUGCAUCACAGCUCAUCUCGGUGGCUCUCGGCCUCACUGUUGGACUGUUCUGCGCGGCCGUCGUCACCCACCCCCUCGGUGGCAGUCGGCGCCGUGGCGCAGGCAUCUUUUCGUUCUAA